GGGCCCAAAAAAGGACAGGGAAAGGAGAGAAUGUCGCCGGCGGCGUGGGCGAGGAAGACGCUCCUGCUCGCCGCCGGCCGCAGAUCCGCCCUACCCUCUCAAAUCCACCGCUCUUACUCUGCCGGAGAAAGCGUCGCCGGUGGGCGGAAGAAGAGAUCGGUGGGGCGGAGAGUGGUGGCUAUCGGGGCCAUCAGCCUCGCUGGCGGAGUGGCCCUCAGUGGAAUCAACGACCUCGCCAUCUUCCAUGGAUGCACCAGGAAGGCGAUAGAGAUGGCUACUGAGAACCGAGAGGUUGCAGAAGCAAUCGGGGCACCUAUACUAAGAGGACCAUGGUAUGAUGCUUCAGUUGUUCUGGGCCAUCGGCGGAGGUCCGUGUCGUGCACAUUCCCCGUAACUGGGCCACAGGGGUCGGGGCUGUUUCAGAUCGAGGCCGUCCGGAAUGGAGGGGAUGGCGUGCUCUCGUUUCUGCGGCACCAUGACUGGGAGAUACGUGCCAUGGAUGCUCAUCUGGAAGUAGCUUCAGAUGAUGGCGAACUGAAAAAGGUUACCAUAAACCUGGUGAGCAGCAGCGAUGAUCAGAGUAGUGGUGGGCAGUGUGAAGCAGAGGGUUUGAGCUGCUAGGAUCACUUCAUUUGGGAAAGAAGGAAGAAUUUUGAGGUGGCAAUAAUUAAACAUGAAUUUGGUGUAAUGCAACGUACUACUAUCUAUAGAUAGUAUCUCUGCUAGUGAAUUGUCUAUUCAUAGCAUAGCGUAAGGUCGCCCUUACACAGAUAACAAUAUCCAGUUAACCUGUUUUGAACAAGAAAGAGAAAUGUAUUGUCCAGAAGAUUUAGGAGGAGACAGUGCUGGGCGAUGGUUUGUACUAUU